AUGUUCGAAGGACUCUACCGCUCUUCGGGAGGCUCGGCCUCGCUGCUGGCUCGCGAGAAGUCGGCCGUGGCCGCUGGCAUUCGACCGCCCCGACGUGCGCUGUCGACUAAUGACUUUAUCUAUCCCACGCCACCGUCACGCACCUUGCUCAUCCAGACGAGCGGCCUCAGUACAUGUUCGCCCGCAGACGUGACGCCACAGCGGCCGCCCACCAUCGCCGAGGAGACGGCAACGGCCAUACUAUCGCCCAGACGCAGACGGUUGCUGCCAGCACAAGCUCUGAACCGAGAGUCGUCGCCGGCACGGCCGCAGCGGCCCAAGCUGGGCGCACCACGACGUUCGUAUUCGGUCAUGGACUACGAGCCGGUGCCACCGACACACCAGCCGUCGGCCAACCUGCAGCUGGCCGAUUUGCCGGCUGAACUGCACUAUGCCAUCUUUGACUUUCUCGAUCCCAUCGACAGCACUUGUCUGGGACUGACAAACAAGCACUUUUACGCCAUCCACCGGCGCAUGCACGGCACUGUGCCGCUGUCAGCACGACGCACCGGCCCCAAUGACAUGGAGUGGGUGUGGCACAAGGCCGGACGGUUAUCACCACCACCGACGCCACCGGCGUCGCCGCCCGGCUUGGACAAGAUCCUUGUCGGCAUGGACGCGGCCACUCAAGGCACGGGAACUCCGAUCACGACCCCGACUUCACCCAAGGCGCUGGCCCUGCUACGGGUGCGCGGCCAGGCGCUCUGCCGCAAGUGUGGCGUCAGCCGCUGUGAACUUCAUACGCACAUCCAGACUUGGAUGGGCCCUGGCUACGAGUAUUGUGCAGUGCGCGACAAGUUUGGCAAGCCGGCACUCGAGGGUGCUCGGGAAUCGUGCUUCCGGAGCAGUCCCAAACACCCGAACCGUUGCGGCCGUCAUCACGUGCCCAAGACACAGCCGAUGUCGCCGUAG